AUGCCUCACAUUGACGAUACGGAUCGCCGGAUUCUGCGUGUGAUGCAGGAGGACGGAUCGUUGACCGUCUCGGAGAUCGCGGAGCGGGUAGGACUGUCGCAAUCACCCUGUUCCAGGCGCAUCAGCCGGCUGACAGAGGAAGGCAUUAUCCGCGGCAAGGCCAUCCAGCUCGACCGCAAGAAGCUCGGUUUCGACGUUAUCGUUCUGGUCCGGAUCAAGCUGACCGAGCAUGGCCGCCAGGCGCUGAACGUGUUUCAGGAAGCCGCAAUGCUGAUCCCCGAGGUGCAGGUGAUCCAGCUCAUGCUUGGCGAGUUUGAUUUCAAUGUUCGCGUCGUGGUGCGCGACAUGGACCAUUUCCAGACGCUGCUGCGCGAGAAGCUGGUCAUGCUUCCCGGCGUCCAGGAAAUCCAGAGCACGGUCAUUCUCGAGGAGAUGAAGUACACGACCUCGCUGCCGCUUUGA